CGCGAAGCCAGCCUAGAGGUUUGAGACCGGCUUCCGAGGGGUGGAUCUUCCGGAAACACCAUACCACGCCAGUGUGGGCUUCGAGAUAAGUGCUUCCGUCCUGAAUUUCCACUCCACCGAGCGGCUGCGCCGGCUGGCUUUCCUGGCGCCAUUUGUCCCUCGCGGAGCCCCGUUGAUCGCCCAAGAGGCGUGGCUCGGGACUGGUAGAAGGCGGCCGCGGCGCUGUGGGGCCCGGGCUGCCGCCGUCAUGGACGCCUGGGUCCGCUUCAGCGCCCAGAGCCAGGCCCGGGAGCGGCUGUGUAGGGCCGCCCAGUAUGCUUGCUCCCUUCUUGGCUAUGCUUUGCAGAAACAUGGGGCCAGUCCUGAAUUACAGAAACAGAUUCGACAACUGGAGGGCCAUUUGAGCCUUGGAAGAAAGUUGCUACGCCUGGGUAACUCUGCAGAUGCCCUUGAGUCAGCCAAAAGAGCUGUGCACCUAUCAGAUGUGGUCCUGAGGUUCUGCAUCACUGUUAGUCAUCUCAAUCGAGCCUUGUACUUCGCCUGUGACAAUGUUCUGUGGGCUGGAAAGUCUGGACUAGCUCCCCGUGUGGACCAGGAGAAGUGGGCACAGCGUUCAUUCAGGUACUACUUGUUUUCCCUCAUCAUGAAUUUGAGCCGUGAUGCUUAUGAGAUUCGCUUACUGAUGGAACAAGAGACUUCAUCUUAUAGCAGGAGAUUGAAGGUUUCUGGAAUAGGAGUCCCAGGAGGAGUUGAAACUGGGGGAUCCAGGGGACCAGGGACUCCUGGGGGAUGCCUGCCACAACUGGCUCUGAAGUUUCGACUCCACAUCCUGCUGCUGGCUCGGGUCCUUCGAGGUCAUCCCCCUCUUCUACUGGACCUGGUCAGAAAUACCUGUGAUCUCUUCAUUCCACUGGACAAACUAGGCCUCUGGCGUUGUGGCCCUGGGAUUGUGGGACUUUGUGGCCUCAUAUCCUCCAUCCUGUCUAUUCUUACUCUAAUCUGUCCCUGGCUACGACUCAAGCCCUAACAUUAUGGUACUGGAUAAAGAGGGGACUUGAAUUAGAUUGUCCCCCGUGUGCCAGCCUCAUUCUAAUUCUACUUGAUUAAAGUUUAAAUCCAGAUAUUUAGGGACAAAGGGAAGAAUCUUGGAGAAAAUGAAGGUCAGGAAAGAUGAUUUGUCAGUAGAAUGAUUCUCAUAUGCCUGAGCUUUUGUUGAAGGCUCUUGGCUGUCUUUUUUUUUUUUUUUUUUUUUUUUUUUUUUUUAAUCUGUUUUGAGUCUGUUUUAAGAAUUUGUCUCCAAGCUGGGCAUGGUGGCAAAUGCCUUUAAUCCCAGCACUAGAGAGGCAGAGGCAGGCAGAUCUCUCUGAGUUUGAGGUCAGCCUAGUCUGCAUAGUGAGUUCCAGGCCAGCAAGGACUACAUAGAGAGACCCUGUUGUUAAAAAAAAAAAAAAAAAAGUACUUUGUCUCUUGAUGCAGCUUUCUUUUUUACCUUCUCAGUACCCUAUCCAAAUAUUUAAACAGAAUUAUUUUUGGUAGAGAAGUUUAAGUUUUGGGUUGUAAAGUUCUGAUUUUCUUCUUUUUUUCUCACUGAGGUGUCUUACAACUUUCUUUUCCCUUCAAACUCCAUAUCAUAAUUUUCAAGACUUUAUGUCAUGUAGACUUCCCUCCCUCUCUGCACCACAGGCUGUUUGAUGCUUCUUUCCUGUUAACCUCAACAGCUUCCCUCAGGAUUCAGCACCUAACCCCUCUCUGUGCUCCAUGCUUUCAGAUUUCUGCUUACACUUUGAUUUUAGGACUUCUUUCUUAGCUGGUUCUUGCCCCUUCUUUGUUUAUCCAGAUUGAUGCUGUAUAUAGCAUCUUGCUGUAAAUAUUGUAUAAUACAAGUCUGUAUAAAUAGCUGUGGUCCAUGCCCACAGUGCAAGCAAGACUUCGAGGUCAUUAAAUUAAAGAUAAGUUUACUCACUGA